AUGAUACGCAGCCGCCUCCCCAGCCCCAGCUUCCAUGCUGCGCCCUGGUGGGGACCCCAGUCCGGGGGACCCGGCCCCGCCAAGCGCCGCCGAAUUGAGGAACCCGCGGGCCCUGAAGACGGGUUGGCGCCCAGCCUGCAAGGCCCGGCGGGACCCCCGGCCGCCGACGCGCUCACCUCCGUGCUGGUCGUGGCUGCAGGCUGUGCCCUGCAGCUGCCUCUGGACGGCGGCGUCGACCUGGUGCUGCAGCCCGAGCCCACGUCGGUCCUGCAAGUGUCUCUGGGCGGGCACACCCUCGUGCUGGUCCCCGAGGCGCUCUUGGGCCCGGGAGCGGGGGCGCACCCGCCCGUCGUCGGCCUGGAACCCGGCGCUCUCCUGGGCGCUCCCGCGGGAGGCGUCGCCAUCCAGCAGGGAUUCUUCUGCGCAUUUGCCCCACAGAUCGCCGUCCCAGAAGAGGCCCACCACCAGGACGAGGACGCCGCCCCCGGGUUCCUGACUCCCUGGAUGGUCGCUGCAGUCGGCUCGGUCGCGGGGUUCCGCCCCUCCGCUAGAAUGUGUUAG